GAAUGCCUGCCACAGAGUUUGGGGGCUUGUCAUAGUCGAUGCAUCUUACCUAGUCGAUUAACUGAACUAGCUGAAUUUUUCAUUCUCAUUUCAUAAGGACAAGUGAGCGAAACAAUGGAGGCCAGCAACAACGAAGCAGGAAAGAAGGCAGAAGAUGAAGCUGACACUCUAAAUAUAAAUAUGACACCGGAUACUGAUGCAGAGCUCACAGCAAUGGAUUCCCAGUCAUCCCUCACAGUCAUUGUCCAAGGUCAGCCUGCCACUUCUGCAGAGAAUGUAGAACACAACCCUGCUGACGUCCAACCUGGCCCUGUCACAGAUAAGGAAAAUGCCAUUAAGCCAAAACUCCAGAUAACUUUAGGCACAUUUACAAUCAAGAAUGGUCAAGAUCUGAAAGUAGAGAUACCAGUGGUUGGGCAUCCAGCACCAAAAAUUGAAUGGAAAAGAGAUGGUCAGGCAGUCAAAGAGACAUCAAGACUAGAGAUUUCAAAUAGAUCAUCAUUAACAGUUCUUCAUAUCAGACAUGCUGCAAGGGAGCACUCUGGUCAAUACUCUAUCACUGCAAGCAACAGUGCUGGAAAACAUACAGGAGAAAUCACUAUGGUUGUUCUGGAGAAGCCGGAUCCACCCACAGGGCCUGUGAGGAUUGAUGAGAUCAGCUCUGACUAUGUUGUCAUCUCCUGGGAGCCACCAGAAUACACAGGAGGCUGUCAGCUAGACAACUACAUGGUGGAGAAACGAGACACUCUAAGUACAGAAUGGCAGACUGUGUCAGCAACGACAGUAAGAACCACAAUCAAAGUCACCAAACUGAAGACAGGAAGCGAAUACCAAUUCAGAGUGUUUGCAGAAAAUAGGUAUGGAAAGAGUACUGCAAUCACCUCUCCUAUAGUAAUUGCACAAUAUCCUUUUAGUGUGCCCACUGAGCCUGGCACCCCCUUUGUGUCCACAGUGACAAAGUACAGCAUGGUGGUUGAAUGGGAGCCUCCAGCCAAAGAUGGAGGCAGCCCCAUCAUCGGCUAUCACCUUGAACGCAAAGAGAAGAACAGCAUUUUAUGGACCAAGCUGAACAAACUUGUUAUAACUGAUGCUCGCUUUAAAACAAGUGGACUGGAGGAAGGCAUUGAGUAUGAAUUCAGAGUCUUUGCAGAGAAUAUUGCUGGACUCAGCCCAUCAAGCAAGAUAUCUGAAUGCUACGUAGCAAGAGACCCCUGUGAUCCACCUGGUAAACCUGAAGCUGUUGUCAUUACUAGAGAGAACAUCACACUUCAGUGGGCAAAACCCAGGUAUGAUGGUGGAAGCACCAUUACAGGCUACGUUGUUGACAAGAGGGAGCUCCCAGAUGGCAGAUGGAUGAAGACAAACUUCACCAAUGUUAUUGAGAAUCAGUUCACAGUAACAGGUCUGACAGGAGGCCAAAUUUAUGAGUUUAGAGUAACUGCUAAGAAUGGUGCUGGUGUCUGGAGCCCACCUUCAGAAAAUGUAACCAUCAUUGCUCAGGAUGUUAUCGAAGGACCCACAGCGUUUGUUGAUCCUAAGUUCAAGAGUACUACUGUUGUUCAGGCUGGUGAGACAUUCGUUAUUGAUGCGGAUUUCUUUGGGAAGCCCCUCCCUGCAGUAACGUGGCUGAAGGAUGGAAAAGAAAUUGACAAAGCUACACCGAGAAUGGAGGUAAAAAACACCCUCACUCAUACUACUUUGACCGUGAGGGACUGUGCACGAGUGGAUGGGGGACAAUUUGUCUUGAGCCUCAGAAACAUUGGUGGAAAUACAUCUACCCCUGUUAAUAUGAAGGUCCUGGAUAGACCUGGUCCUCCAGAUGGAUCUCUGAAGGUAAAAGUUGUCAGUGCAGAGAAGUGUAAUCUUCACUGGAACCCCCCUUUAAAUGAUGGUGGUGCUAGUGUUUCACACUACAUCAUUGAAAAAAGGGAAACCAGCCGUGUUACAUGGACAGGGGUUGAGCCUCAUGUUGAAGCUGUCAGUUACAAAGUGACAAAACUGGUGCCUGGUAAAGAGUAUAUAUUCAGAAUUGCUGCUGUGAAUAAAUUUGGUGUUGGUGAAUUUCUGGAAUCAGACCCCUUCAUUGCACAAAGCCCAUUUACCACACCUGGCGUACCUUCUACCCCUACAGCCAGUGUUGUGACUGGUGACUCCAUAGUGCUAUCAUGGGAAAGACCUGAGACUGAUGGAGGCUCAGAGAUUGAUGGCUACAUCCUGGAGAAAUGUGACAAAGAGGGUGUCAGGUGGACUAAAUGCAACAAGAGAAGACUAAAUGACUUGCGCUUCCGAUGCACAGCGCUCGCUGAUGGACAUUACUAUCAAUUUAGAGUAUUUGCAGAGAAUGCUGCUGGUUUAGGUGCACCCAGCGAACCAAGUGAGUACAUCAAAGUAUGUGACGCUAUUUACCCACCUGGCCCCCCUAUCAACCCCAAAGUGAUAGACUAUUCCAGCAGUACUGUGUCUCUGACCUGGUCAAAACCCAUCUAUGAUGGUGGAGCAGCCAUCAGAGGAUUUGUAGUUGAGAUGAAAGACGUAGCAGAAGAUGAGUGGAUCGCAUGUACACCAAGCACAGGUGUAGAGGACACAAACUAUACCGUGAAGAGACUGAAAGGAAAUUCAGAGUACAGUUUUCGUAUACGUGCGAUGAAUGUUGCUGGAGUUGGAGAGUAUGUGGAUCUACCUGGGUCUGUGAGAGCCACUGAAAAACUGGAGGCACCUGAGAUUGAGUUGGAUACUACCCUGAGAAAGAUUGUCAGUGUUCGAGCCUGUUCCACAUUGCGUCUCCUUGUCACCAUCAAAGGCAGGCCAGAGCCUGAAGUUAAAUGGUCGAAGGAUGACGGCACUCUCAGUGAGCGUGCUCAAAUUGAAGUAACAAGCUCCUACACAGAGUUAAUAAUCGAGAAUGUCAAUAGAAAUGACACAGGAAAAUAUGUGUUGACUGCUGAGAACUGCAGUGGCUCUAAAUCAGCAUUCAUCAAUGUCAGAGUAUUGGACUCUCCCAGCGCACCAACAAACUUAGAGGUAAAGGAUGCAAAGAGGGACUCUGUGUCCAUCUCUUGGGAGGCACCUCUCAUUGACGGAGGGGCAAAGAUUUCACACUACAUUGUAGAAAAGAGAGAGGAUGCUAGGAUGGUAUUCACAAGCGUCUGUAGCAACUGUGUAAGAAACUCAUACAAGAUUGACAGUCUCCAAGAAGGAAGUUUCUAUUAUUUCCGUGUUAUGGCUGUGAAUGAGUUUGGCACUGGACUGCCAGUAGAGACGCAUGAGACUGUUAAAAUGUCUGAGGCUCCUCUGCCUCCUGGCAAAAUCACACUCAGUGAUGUUACUUGCAAUAGUGCAAGACUCUCUUGGGAGAAGCCUGACCAUGAUGGAGGAAGCAAAAUCACAUGUUAUGUAGUAGAAAUGCAGGCCAAGGGAGAUGACACAUGGACAAUGUGUUCAGAGAGUAAAGCACUGGAUGUGACUAUUAAUGGGCUGGUAAAAGAAAAGGAGUAUUUCUUUAGAGUAAGGGCUGUGAAUGAGAAGGGAAAAAGUGAACCAAAGUACCUUGUGGCACCUGUUACAGUAAAGGAUACAAGUGCUGGGCCAAUUAUUAAUUUACUGUGCAACACAUUCAGUAUAAAGGCAGGAAAUGACUUGAAGAUUGAUGUUCCCUUCAAGGGUGUACCACUGCCAACAGUAACAUGGAAGAAAGAUGGCAACUUGCUGAAAGAGACAAGCAGGGUAAAUGUCCAAACAUCUGACACAUCAUCUCAGAUCAUUAUCAAAGAUGCAACUAGAAUAGAUGUUGGCAUGUAUGAAGUGACCCUGACUAACUCAACUGGAACCACAUCUGCUGAAAUCUCUGUUAAUGUUUUUGAAAGACCUGGACCACCAAGUGACCUCAGUGUAGAUGAAGUGAGUGCUGACUUUAUGUCUUUGUUGUGGCAGCCACCACAUUAUGCUGGCGGAUGUCAAAUCAGUAAUUAUGUUGUUGAGAAGAGAGAUACAGGCAGCACAACAUGGCAGACUGUGUCAGCUACGGUUGCCAGAACAUCAAUCAAGAUCUCCCGUCUGACACAGGGCACUGAAUAUCAGUUUCGUAUUGCUGCAGAAAAUCGCUAUGGCAAAAGCCACUUUGUUGAGUCUGAACCUGUUGUUGCACAGUAUCCCUUUAAGCCCCCCGGUCCACCAACCAAUCUCCUUGUUAUUAGUGCCUCAAAGUCUGUCAUGGUGCUUGCAUGGAGCAAGCCAGACUGCGAUGGUGGCAGCCCUAUUAUUGGUUAUCAUAUUGAAUGCAAAGAUCAAAGCAGUAUUUUAUGGACAAAGUUAAACAGAAACCCAGUGAGUGAGAUCCAGUUCAAGGUAACAAGUGUUGAAGAAGGUCUGAUAUAUGAGUUCCGGGUCUGUGCUGAGAAUAUGGCUGGUGUUGGACCAUGCAGUAAGGCAUCUGAGCCAAUAGCAGCAAGAGACCAGUGCGACCCCCCACAUAACUUCACAGUCACCAAUAUAACUAACAGUUCAGUUUCCCUGUCCUGGAACAAACCAGAAUAUGAUGGUGGGGCUAAAAUAAUUGGGUACAUUGUUGAGCGUAAAGAGCUGCCAGAAAGUUGUUGGCUUAAGUGCAACUUCACCAAUCUACAGGACACCUUCUUGGAAGUGACUGGCCUCACAGAAGGUGAACAGUAUGAUUUCCGUGUGAUUGCAAAGAAUUCAGCUGAUCUCUUUAGUGUGCCCUCUGAAACCACAGGACCUGUUACAGUACAGCAUGAUGUGGAGCCACCCAAAAUUAUCUUGGAUGACAAAUUUAGACACUUGAUGGUUGUCAAAGCAGGAGACCUCCUAAGAAUAGAUGCAGACAUCUCUGGCCGCCCUAACCCUACAGUGUUUUGGUCGAAGAAUGGUAGACAUAUUGACACUAAGGGACGGGUUGAGCUAACCGCAACUAAGAUGCAUACCUCUCUACUGAUCAGAGAAAGUGUUAGGAAAGACUCCGGACAGUAUAUUCUGACUCUACAGAGUACAGGUGGUACCACAUCUAAGGCUAUCACCUGCAAGGUCUUGGACAGACCUGGCCCACCUGCUGGGCCUCUAGAAGGGUCUGGACUGUCUGCAGAGAAAUGCACUCUGUCAUGGGGACCCCCCCAUGAGACUGGCGGUGCUGAGAUCUUGCACUACAUUGUUGAGAAGUGUGAAACCAGCCGUGUAGCCUGGACCCUUGUGUACGGUGACAUGAUGGCAACUACCUGCAAAAUAGCCAAGCUACUCAAAGGAAAUGAAUACCUGUUUAGGGUGAGAGCAGUGAACAAAUAUGGAGAAGGUGAGACUUUGGAAAGUGAGCCCAUCAAGGCCAUGGAUCCCUUUACUAUCCCAUCUGCUCCGACUGAUGUUGAGGUCACAAGUGCAACCAGUGAGGCUAUGACUAUCUGCUGGAAGAGACCUGCAUCUGAUGGCGGUAGCCGCAUCAGCGGUUACAUCAUUGAGAAGAGGGAGAAGCAGGGUCUCCGUUGGGUUCGUCUUAACAAGAAACCUGUCUAUGACCUACGAGUCAAAGCCUCCGGGCUGCACGAGGGAUGUGAGUAUGAAUUCAGAGUCUUUGCUGAGAAUGUUGCUGGGCUAAGUGAACCCAGUCUCCCAUGCCAACUUACUCUUGCAGAGGAUCCAAAGUUUCUCCCCUCCCCUCCUGCAAAACCCUCCAUAAUCGAUUCAUCCAGGUCCUCCAUCACUCUGUCAUGGAGCAAGCCGCUGUUCGAUGGUGGAUCAGCAGUAACAGGGUACAAAGUUCAAUUCAGAAAAUCAGGAGAAGAAGACUGGACUGUUGGUGUUCAUAACACGGAUAAAACAGAGUUUACAGUUACUGGACUCACAUCAGGGACGGAUUAUGUUUUUAUUGUCAGAUCCAUGAAUAAGAUUGGCAUCAGCGAGCCCAGUCCUGAAACAGAUCCGGAAGUGGCCAUGGAGCGAGAAGAGGAGCCCAGGUUUGAUAUUAGCACAGAUAUUAGGAAGACCCUGCUUGUUAAAGAUCGCGGCUCCUUCACUUUGACUGUGCCUUUUACAGGCAAGCCUGUUCCUAGUGUGACAUGGAACAAAGCAGAUGUAGAUCUGAGAGUCAGAGGAAUGAUCAACACCAGCAACUCUGUCACCUCUAUCACAAUAGAAGGAGCAACACGCGAUGACUCCGGCAAAUACAUAAUCAAACUGCAAAACAAUGCUGGAUCUGCCUCUUUGACGCUGAAUGUAAGGGUUUUGGAUUCACCUGGUCCGCCAAGUAAUGUCGCUGUUAAAGAUGUGACCAAGAACUCUGCCACUGUUACCUGGGACAUCCCUGACAAUGAGGGAGGAGCCCCUGUCAAUAACUACCUUGUAGAUAUACGGGACAUCAGCAGGAAAGGGUGGACAAGACUCACAGACAAAUGUCACCGACUGUCCUACAAGGUGUCUGACCUAGAGGAGGGAGGAAUCUACUUCUUCAGAAUCACCGGUGAAAACGAGUACGGGGUCGGUGUUCCAGCUGAGACCAAGGAGGGAACAAAAAUGACAGAUACAACUGAUUGGGAGACAAAUCCAGGGGCAUAGCUUUUUUUCGUCUCAGGGUUGAAGUCUCCGGAUCUUCCCGUCAAGAUCCUCAUCUAUUUCUCAUCUUCAUCCAGUGCUGAUCAGAGAAAAAACAGUUAGCGAAUGCUCUGUGAAUUAAUUAAUUACCAGAAGCUGCAGUAUUGUAGAUAUAUUUUUUAAAUGUUUGUAUGUGUAGAUUUUCUAGAAAAGAAAUGCAUCAAUGUCCUUAUUUUGUUUUCUUAUGGUUGAAAAAACAAUAACAACAACAAAAAAUGAUGUGGUUUGUUGCAAAUCUAUAAUAAAAUGAAGAUGUUUUA